CGGUAUAGUGCAGUGAAGACUGGUUCCUACGUCUUCUAUCCUGACAUGCGGCUCACGAUUGCCGAUCACCUUUUUGAGGAUUCGGUGGGCUGCUACUAUGAUAUAGUUUAUGCUGCGAGAGUAUAAACUAUAAACCCGCCUUUCUGAACGGGAAGAAGAGGUUAGAGGCAAGAUGAAGAAAGGGACAGAUGCGGACCAAGGAAAAGCAGAUAAAGUAGAGGCGAAAAACGAUGCCAAGGACAUUCAAGAGAAGAUGAAGAAGGUUGAUAUGAAGUCCUCGUCGCCGACCAGCGUUUUGGCGAAGAACGCAGUAUUGUUACCUAGUGGAGUUGCUCGAGUGAAGCAAGUCCAGAACGCUAGGGAAAUUAGUCAAACAGGAUCAUCGUCAGGCUCGGCUACCGGCAACCCCCGAAAUAAAACGGCGUUAGCACCUGGCCAUAGUUUGAUGGACUGGAUCCGACUGGGCAACUCUGGCGUCGAUUUAACCGGCGUCGGUGGAGUUCCACGUGUCGUAACUUUGUCCGAAUUGGCCAGCCAUAACAAGCAAAACGACGCUUGGAUCGCGAUUCGAGGAAUCGUCUUCAACGUAACCCGUUACAUGGACUUCCACCCUGGAGGGAUCAACGAGCUGAUGAGAGGCGUUGGGAAGGACGCCACGAUGCUGUUCGAAAGCGUGCACGCUUGGGUCAACUAUCAGAGCAUCCUACAGAAAUGCGUGGUGGGAAGGCUGAGCCGAGGCUCUGUCAGCGGCACCACCUCGUCGCCGAUGGAAAACGCUGUCUCGAGCACGACCAAUUGUUCCUCGACGACGUUCAACCCGAUAACGAGUUGCACGACUCGUAAUGCCAGUCAAGAAAAUGUGCCAGACGACGGUAUACCGAAUCUAAAAAUGGACUGGAGACAGACAUCCAACUCGAUCACGUUGUUUUAUCAAACGAUGCGCGACUAUCCAGGCGUGUGCUAUCAAUUAAGUAGGAUAAGCGACUCGAAGUUGGUCUUCAAACUAUUUUUCGAGAAGAAUAUAAUAACGCAUCAGCUGGAAUUGACUGCGGGAAUAGAAUGGCCGCCUGUGUGCACCAGAAACUUUGACACGAUGGAGGUCGAUUUUACACUUACGAAGAAGAAGAAAGAGAUAUGGAAGUCUCAGGGUAGCCAAACAAUAUCCAGAGAGACAAACACGAAUAGUCGAACGUACAAAGAAUACGAAGUACUUACGAAUAAACCACUUUCUAAGUUAGUUCACCUGUUAGUCGUCCGAGCGAAAUAUUUCUUAGAAGUGAUACCCAUAGGCAGGCACUUGGAAGCCAAGAUGACCGUUAUGGGGAUGGAAGUAUCGCGAUCGUACACGCCUGUCCCACCGUGCCUUCACCCUGAUGACAUGGCGCCGAACUACAAGUCCGAUUGCCUGUGUCUGAUGAUCAAGAAGUACCCAUCCGCUCUUCAGAUUGGUCAGACCCUCUUCUUGAGCAAUGCUUUAGGUGCCUUCGUAGUAGAAACCUUUGAUCGUUAUUCUGUCAUUCAUAUGCUGGCUGGUGGUACUGGCUUGACCGUUAUGCUUGGCAUCAUUCAACGAGCUUUGGCCAGACGUAGUGUGAAGACCAUAAAUCUACUUAAUUUCAACAAGGACGAAGACAACAUGUUUUACGUGGCGCAACUAGAAAAGGCUAGCGCAGACAAAAAGUUAAAAGUUACACAUAUUCUUUCACAAGCAGGAAGCACGUGGACAGGCAGACGUGGUACGGUGUCCGAUGACUUAUUAAAGGAACUAGUCGCAGGGAGUUCCCCUGAUGCGUGUGUUUUCACUUGUGGACCUCGAGGAUUCAUACAAUCCGCGAAAAAAUGUCUCCAGAAACUUGAUUGGAAGCCCUACCAGAUGUACGAAUUCGACGAUUAGCUGUACUCAUCGAAAGUGUAUCCCUUCUUUUUUGAUACCAAACGUAGGAACAUUGGCAGACAUGUACAAACACCGGUAGCCGAGCUUUCCCUCAAGGAAGUAAUCACGUGUCAUGUCGUCGAAUUUUUAAAAAGAGCCUUUUGGAUACUUUUACUCCUAUUU